CCAAUCGCCUUAGGAUUUCUUCCUUUCACAUUUAUUUUCGUUCCUACUCUACUAUUUUCACUCUCUCUCUAGAAUUUCUUCUACUUUCUCUCUCUAGAAUGCCUCAAGUUGAUCUGGAGACUCUAGUUUCGGCCUGUGCCGGCGGCGGAAGUGACCGGAAAGUUGCAUGUGAGACUUUGGCUGACGGCGCCGUCGACGGCGAAAAACGUGUGAAAGACGAUUUGGAUGACGAGGAGAAGCAACCGGAGCAUCUGCCUGAUUUUCCGCCGGAAUCGUACUGGCUUUCGAAAGAUGCUGAGUUCGAUUGGUUCGAUCGGAACGCCUUUUUGGACCGUAAACAGUCUACGAAAGGUAUUGGUCCAAACACGAUGAACUUGAAUCCAGGUUCAAAUUCGAGUUCGCAGAGAUUUUCGACGACUUUGAAAAGUAAGGCUUCGAUUAUUGGAUUUCCGAAGACUCAGAAGACUAGUUACGUCGAUUCGAAACGCCGAACUUGUAAACCGGCGAACAUAAGGCUUUUUCCGGCGAAGCGGUCUGAAUCCACAUUGAAAACGGCUUCGGUUACGGAACCGUCGUCACCGAAGGUAUCUUGUAUGGGAAGAGUAAGAUCUAAACGCAGAUCACGAAGCCGACGAUCAUCGGAAAAAUCGAAAAAAUGUGAAAAAAAUUCACUCAAGAAAUCACGAAGCAAAAAUGAAGAGAAACGCAAAGCCGGAUUCUGUUCCCGAUUACUAUCAAUGUUCCGAUCCAGCCGGAGUAACAAAAAGCCGGCGAGGUCUAGUACAGAUAAAACGCUAGGUUCAAGGUCGACGGCGGAGCCGAUGAAACCAAUGAGAAAGAGCAAAAGUGUGAGCGUAGGGAAAACUCGCGGAGGAGCUCCGGUUGGUGCUGAGCCGGUUUUUUCUGAACCGGCUGGUUUAGGAGGGAUGAAACGGUUUGCUUCCGGCCGGCAUUCGGAAUCAUGGGGAGGCGACGAAAUCAACGCAGUUGUUUAAGUGGGUCCCAAUAGAAAGAAGUUGUGAAAAAGGCGUUGGACUUUUGGCAGGAAAAUUAACGGCCUUUUUUCAUAUAUUCGGUUAAGUUUCAGGUAAAAAAAAAUGCUACUUUUUUGGAAUUUAUUUUUCUUAUAUAAAAAUGUUUUUUUCCCCUUUCUCCUUUGCUUUUUUAUUUUUGACCUUUUCAAUAAUAGGAUAGGUUUUUUCAUAUAUUGUAAAUAGAUUUUGGCUUUGGGGUGAAGGUUUGUAAAUUUUUACUAUUUCUAUUAGUUUAGAAUAUUAUAAUGAAAUUUGGAAAUAAUUGUUUUUGCUUUGUUUUUUUAUUAUUUUUAUCUAGUGUCUAGUAUUCUUUUGUGA